AAUAUGUGAAGGCAGCACAAGAACGAGGGAGAGAGAGACAGAUGGAGACAGAGAGAGACUGAGUGAUAGCGGGUUGGUGGGUGGACGGAUGAAAGAGCUGCAGACGAGAAGAUGCUUCAGCCUUGUCAGUGUUUCCAGCAUCAUGAGGACGAUACAGAACAACCUGCACAAACAGACUGACAAAUCAGCAGCUUCCUCUCUGAUUUAAAUCAAGGAGGAUCACUAACCAACACAACUCUACACAUCUGGAUCACGUCAGAUCUUAACGACACCACGAACAAAGGAAUACCAACAAGACAAAGCCAACUAAAUGUAUUAGGCCCCUCUAGUCAUCCCUCUUUUAUGACGGCACAAUGGAACAGCUUCAACUCUAGAUGAACUAAUCUUGAUUUAACAAUAUGCUGUGGAUCGCAUUCUCCACUGGGAGGCUGUUCUUGCGGCAAGAGCACGCGAAGAGUAACGCCGUAAUACUUUGAUUCACAGACUCAAUUUCUUUUUAAUGAGCUGGAAUGCCUCCCCUCUGCCAAGAAUGAGAAGUUGAAUGAUGCUUAGCGAGCCAUGCCCUUCAACACCUGCACACUCUCAUAGACGAGCAUAGGUUUGCUUAGGAAUCGAAGAUGCAUGCUCACACUUAGAAUUCUGCAGAUGCAACCAUUUUGCCUUCGGAUUCCAAUUUUUCUGCUUAUUAUCUCCAAGUUCUGAAGGAACUGGAGUCUCUUAGGAGAUGGAGAUGAGACACAUGUGAGGACCUGCCGACUGGUUUGGUGCAAGAUUUUUCAAGGACACUUGAAGGUUGAAGAAAAACAACACUUGUGACCGUCUGAGAAUGUCUAACUUCAGGGCAACAAUAAGACAUUGAGUGACGAUUGGAAAUCACAUAUAGAAAGGCCCAAUUUGGGUACAACAUAUCAAUUCAACACAAGAUAAAAUGGCUGAACUUGCUGGAUACAAUGGCAGUGAGAGCUUUGUGUUCUCAACUGGUCUGCCUUUCAACUCAACUGGCGAUUAUGAGUAUUAUGAACCUGAACCCGAUGCCAGCAAGAUCAUCAUCCCCUCCAUCUACGCACUGGUGUGCUGCGUCGGCGUCACCGGAAACGCCAUGGUCAUCUAUGUCAUCCUCAAGUACGCCAAGAUGAAAACGGCUACCAACAUCUACAUUCUUAAUCUUGCCAUUGCAGAUGAACUCUUCAUGUUGAGCGUCCCCUUCCUGGCAACUUCAGCCGCGGUGCAUCACUGGCCGUUUGGCUCCCUCAUGUGUCGUUUGGUUCUCAGCGUAGACGGCAUCAACAUGUUUACGAGCAUCUUCUGCUUGACUGUGCUAAGCGUGGACCGCUACAUCGCAGUGGUGCACCCCAUCAAAUCGGCUCGCUACCGUCGCCCGACCGUUGCCAAAGUGGUCAACGUUUGUGUGUGGGGACUUUCUCUACUUGUUAUUCUCCCAAUCAUCAUCUUCGCAGACACAGUCCCGGCGCAGGACGGAGGAGUGGACUGCAACUUUCUAUGGCCUGAGUCCUCAUGGUCAGAAGCAUUUGUGGUCUAUACAUUCCUGUUGGGUUUUUUGCUCCCAGUCGCAGCCAUCUGCCUGUGCUACUGCUUGAUUGUGGUCCGCAUGCGUGCGGUGGGUCUAAAAGCGGGCUGGUUGCAGCGGCGGCGCUCUGAAAAGAAAAUCACACGCAUGGUGCUCCUGGUGGUUGCCGUUUUUGUGCUCUGCUGGAUGCCGUUUUAUAUUGUGCAGCUGAUUAGUGUGUUCCGCAAGCCACCGGACCCCAUGGUGACUCAGCUAUUUGUCAUUCUAAGCUACGCUAACAGCGGCGCCAACCCCAUUCUCUACGGAUUUGUGUCGGACAACUUCCGCCGCUCGUUUCAGCGUAUCAUUUGUUUCCGCUGGCUGGAGAACGGACUGGAUGCUGAGCAGGUGGACUACUGUGCUGUGGCACUACGGCGUCAGACCACAUGCGGCCCACCGGACUUUCCAAAGGAGUGCUUGGCCUCCGACAUGGUGUUUCGUAAUGGAACCUGCACGUCCCGUACCACCACUCUGUGAGAGGGUAUUCAGUCAGAGCGUUAGAGUUUAAAGGGAUAGUGGACUCAAAUGAAAAAUUCUGUCAUUAUUUAUGUUAUGUUCAUGUUAAUCAGACCAUCAUGCUUUGGUUACCACUGACUUUUAUUGCAUGGACAAAAAACACUGAGAGGUUUCUCAAAAUAUCUUUUAUGUUACCUAGAAGAAAGCUAAACAGGUUUAGAAUGACAUGAGGGUAAAUAAUAACAAAAUUUUUAUUUUUUGGGAGAACUAUUACUUUAUUGUUUCAUUCAUUGAGACAUGAAGUGCUGUAACAAUUGGCAAAUGAUUGUAACAUUGGCUAAAAGCUCAUAGCAUUCAUUUUUAAGAAAAAUGAAAACAAAUCUGAGCAGUUGUAAGAGCAAUUACAGUAGACUUUCAUUUAUAUUAAGUUAAAAUUGUUACUGUUCCCAACAUUUCUUAUAUUUAAUAAACAUGAUAAUUCACGCAUUAUUCAUACAUUUCUUGUCUUACAUAUUCAGAUACAGUGCCUUGCAAAAGUAUUCAAACCCUUUCAUUUUUUUCACAUUUUAUGUUGCAGCCAUAUGUUAAACUGCUUUAAAUUACCUUUUUUCCACAUCAAUCCACUCUCCACACACCAUGAUGACAAAGCAAAAACAGGUUUUUAACAUCUUUGCAAAUUUAUUAAAAAUUAAAAACACUUAAAUGAUUCCAUUGCAUAAGUAUUCAUACCCUUAUCCGGAUCACUUGAAAUUUACCGCAGGAGCAUUUAUAUUGCUUGUUGAUGUUACCACACUUCAAAUUAAGUUAAUCUGUGGCAAAUUCAAUUGACGUCUUAAUAAAAGGUCUAACAGCUGAAAAUGCAUAUGGGAGCGAAAACCAAGCCCUGAGGUAAAAAAAAAAAAAAAACAG